AAACUUAAUCCAAAUGACUUUAGGGCCUAGCUGAAAAUUUUAAUAUUUUAACUAGACUCUAGGUUGCUUCACACAGAAGAUAUAAACUUAUUUUAAUUAACCGAACGAUCGGCAGCAAUACAGAUCAAAGAAAAUUUAAUAUUUAGAUUAGAUUCUAAAUUCUAAAAUGUUUAAGCCUGUCUUACGAAUUUUUAAUAAUAGUUCGUUAAGAAGAUGCUCAUUAAACUACAUAAACGGGAUUGUCAGUAACGUCAACAGACAGUCCUACUCAACUGGCACUGAGGGUGAUAAAGCAAACUUCCCGGGGUCAAGGUCGGAGUAUGUCACCCAUCUGGACUUGCUGGACCCUGAUCAUGCACCUGGUAUACCUGUCUACCGCACUCUCAACUCACAAGGACAGUUUAUUGAUGAGAAGCAGGAUCCAAAGUUGGAUGAAGCUACAGUCCUCAAGAUGUACAAGGACAUGACACUACUCAACACCAUGGACAGGGUCUUGUAUGACUCACAACGUCAAGGCAGAAUUUCUUUUUACAUGACCAACUAUGGCGAGGAGGGGACACACAUUGGCUCGGCUGCUGCACUUGAUUCUAAGGAUCUCAUUUUUGGACAAUAUAGGGAGGCAGGUGUUUUGAUGUGGCGAGGAUUUCCAUUGCACCAGUUUAUGCAUCAAUGCUACGGUAAUGCUAAAGACAUUGGAAAAGGCAGACAAAUGCCAGUACAUUAUGGAUCCAGGGAGCAUAACUUUGUCACAAUUUCUUCCACGUUAGCAACUCAAAUGCCUCAAGCUUCUGGAGCAGCCUAUGCCUUCAAACGCAAACAAAAUGGCUUGUGUGUGGCCUGUUACUUUGGGGAGGGAGCAGCCUCAGAGGGGGAUGCUCAUGCUGCCUUUAACUUUGCUUCUGUGCUCAACUGUCCAGUCAUUUUUUUUUGCAGAAACAAUGGCUACGCCAUUUCAACCCCAACCAAAGAUCAGUACAGAGGAGACGGAAUAGCCUCUAGGGCGGCAGGCUAUGGCAUGCUGUGUAUACGAGUUGAUGGCAAUGAUGUGUUUGCUGUUUAUAAUGCAACCAAGAGGGCCAGACAAGUUUGUGUCACCCAAAGUAGACCUGUUUUAAUUGAGGCCAUGACGUACAGGCUAGGCCACCACAGCACCUCAGACGACAGCUCAGCCUACAGGUCUGUUGACGAGGUCAGCCACUGGGACAAAACAGACAACCCCAUCUCUAGGCUGCGCCACUACAUGCUCAACAAGGGCUGGUGGGACGAGGACAAGGAGAAACAAUGGAAACUUGAAUCUCGCAGGAUGGUGAUGAAAGCAUUUGCUGCAGCAGAGAAUGAAAAACGCGGGCGCCCUGAAUCUCUAUUUGAAGAUGUGUAUGACGAGCCUCCUGCCAGCAUACAGGAGCAGAUGAACUCAAUGAAGAAACACGUCCAGCUCUACAAAGAACAUUAUCCUCUGGAGCAUUACCAGCCCAUGGCCUAGAUAGGCUACCACAUUUUAACCAGAGCAUAGACAUGCACUUAAACUUUGUUCAAGUCUAUUUUGUUAUUGCAGUAUUUUCUAUUUGUCAUGUAACAUCAAGCAGAGUACGCUGUUACGUUAUGUAAUGUAACAUAUGCCAUCAUUUGAACACUUCAAUCUACAGAAAAAGAGGAAUUAUAUGAAUCAUUUGCUACUACUGUGACUGAAUGCAACGUGACGCAACCGCCAUUACUUUCUGUCGCAUUUUAUUCAUGCAAAAAGCGCUUGUACACUAUUUAUGCUCACUAAAUAUAGUACAAGAAGGCACAAGAUUUUUCUAGGAUUCUUUUGUUCUUAUUUUAUACUGAGUUGACUAGCUUGGGUUCUGGAAAAGUUUUUGUUUUUUGUGUAAACGGUCGCAUUAUCAUUGUUUGCAUUUUGUUUUGAAGAAUCACUAUUAUUAUUACAUUAGAUAUUUAAGCUGUUAGAAUUACCAAUGAGAAUGUAUUGUAGAAUUGUAAUUUUUAAAACUAUGAGAAAUGUGUGCUCCAUGGCGGACUGCUGACCACCAGGUUGCAUCACAAAAUCAUCUCUGAACGAUAAAUACGCUUAGAAAAAUGUAUUCAAUUAUGUUUUCUUUGAGAUAUUUCAUUUCUUUAUUUAAUAAGUAUAUUUUGUGCCUUUUAAAUCAUAAAAUAAAGAAUAAACUUAUUUUUAAAAACAAUCUCAAAGAAGUUUUUGGAGGUUACCUCCCUUAGCUUAGGGCCUGGUUGAGGCUUUAGAAGCAAAGAGUUAAGCAUCAAUAAGGAGUAUAGGCACUUUCAAACUUUUGUCCAGUUUAAAGACAAUGAACCCUGAGAAGGUUUUAGAAGUCUUGCAACAGCCACACCACACCCAUGUUUUAAGGUGACUGGUGUUUUAGAAGUCCUGCAACAGCCACACCACACCCAGGUCUUUAUGGUGACUGGUGUUAGUUCCAGUUGACCACUGUCCAAUGGACAAGAGAAUUUGUUUAUCAAAUGUGAGAAAACUUAAUGAUGACUUCACAUUUCUAUAACCAUUGAAAGAACUUGUAAACAUUUUUAGACUCAGGGCUGUAGACUUGAGGAGUGGUGAUCAAAAUAUGCACCAUAGGGUUGUUGCAACUUUGGACUUGACAAAGUAUACACCAUAGGGUUGCUGUGACAAAGUAUGCACCAUUGGGUUGUUGCAACUUUGGACUUGACAAAGUAUGCACCAUUGGGUUGUUGCAACUUUGGACUUGACAAAGUAUACACCAUAGGGUUGCUGUGACAAAGUAUGCACCAUUGUUGGGUUGUUGCAACUUUGGACUUGACAAAGUAUGGACCAUUGGGUUGUUGCAACUUUGGACUUGACAAAGUAUACACCAUAGGGUUGCUGUGACAAAGUAUGCACCAUUGGGUUGUUGCAACUUUGGACUUGACAAAGUAUGCACCAUUGGGUUGUUGCAACUUUGGACUUGACAAAGUAUACACCAUAGGGUUGCUGUGACAAAGUAUGCACCAUUGCUGGGUUGUUGCAACUUCGGAACUUGACAAAGUAUGCACCAUUGUUGGGUUGUUGCAACUUUGGACUUGACAAAGUAUACACCAUAGGGUUGCUGUGACAAAGUAUGCACCAUUGUUGGGUUGUUGCAACUUUGGACUUGACAAAGUAUGGACCAUUGGGUUGUUGCAACUUUGGACUUGACAAAGUAUACACCAUAGGGUUGCUGUGACAAAGUAUGCACCAUUGGGUUGUUGCAACUUUGGACUUGACAAAGUAUGCACCAUUGGGUUGUUGCAACUUUGGACUUUGAUGCUGUAACAUAGUUUGAGCAUUAAGUCUUUGUUCAUUCUAGUUGGUGAGAAUGUUUUAAUCUAGUUUUCAGAGAUUUGCCCAUUUACAAUUUGUUGAAUGUACUUGACAGAGAUUUGCCCAUAUACAAUGGAUGAGAAUCAUUCCAUCAUUGUUGACAUGGAUUAAAAAAAACGUUUUUUUGUAAUUUAUGCAAAGUGGCCAUAAAAAAAAAAAAAAAAAAAACUUAAUCUUGAAAAAUAAUUCUGAAAUUGAAUAUUUUUAGAAUCAUGUUAUAGAUUGGAAAUCCAGUGACCUUUGUAAAACAAACAUUGAUUGGCUCUUCUUUGUGAUAGAUUUUCUGAAAAGCCAACAUCAUAAAAAACUCAAUUUGUACUCAAAACUUUGUCAAUACAAUUUGUACUCAAAACUUUGUCAAUACAAUUUGUACUCAAAACUUUGUCAAUACAAUUUGUACUCAAAACUUUGUCAAUACAAUUUGUACUCAAAACUUUGUCAAUACAAUUUGUACUCAAAACUUUGUCAAUACAAUUUGUACUCAAAACUUUGUCAAUACAAUUUGUACUCAAAACUUUGUCAAUACAAUUUGUACUCAAAACUUUGUCAAUACAAUUUGUACUCAAAACUUUGUCAAUACAAUUUGUACUCAAAACUUUGUCAAUACAAUUUUUCAAGCUUAGCCAUUUUUAUUGUCAAUCUCCAUGAAUGGAUAAAUGUAUACAAUUACAUUUUUUUUUUGCUAAGUUACAGAAAAUACUAAAAACAUCGAUUACAUCCAUCCUUUAGCUAUGUCCAACAAAAAUCAGUCAUUUUAUAACAAUAUUUAUUUAAAAAAUAAAAAGAAAUAA